AUGGCUGGCGGAGGAAGUACGUACAAUGAACUGAGGGAUAGAGAGGCUGCUUUAGAGGCGCUGGUGGGAAUGGCUGAAAACGCUGAUGAUGUGACGUCUAUAAUCAGUCGCAUUCAUGGCUUGAACACGGAACUCGCUCAGUUUCGUGAGAUUAUGACAAUAAGAACAACGGGAUAUGAUGAACUUCGUGAAGAAGCCUUGGUUCAGAUCGAGGAUCUGAAAAAGGCAAACGAAACUCUGAACUUGGAAAUGGUAGUGCUGCGGAGGGCAAUGGCUGGUUCUAACGUAGGCCAUGAGGCAAAACGUUCCAAGGCGAAGAUCCCUGAACCUAAAGCCUUUACUGGUUCAAGAUCUGCAAAGGAAUUGGAAAAUUUUCUAUGGGAUAUGGAGCAGUACUUCACAACUGCCCGUAUUUCUGAGAACGACAAGUUAAGUAUCACCACUAUGUACUUGACUGGUGAUGCGAAAUUGAGGUGCAAGACCAGGGAUGCAGAUGAUAUGAGUGCUGGCAGGCCAAGGAUCGAUACUUGGGCCAAAUUGAAGAAGGAAAUGUGUGACCAGUUCCUUCCUAGCAAUGCAUCUUGGAUUGCUAGGGAUCACUUGAAAAGAUUGAGGCAAACAGGUUCUGUUCGUGACUAUAUCAAGGAAUUUACUUCUUUGAUGUUAGACAUCCAAAAUAUGUCGGAUGAGGAUAAGUUUCACAACAUCAUUUCUGGGAUGCAAGCAUGGGCCCAAAACGAACUUAAGAGACAGAACGUGAAAGAUAUCCCAAGUGCAAUUGCAGCGGCAGAUUCGUUGGUAGAUUUUCGCUCAACACGUGUUCCAUCUAAAAUUCCCACUUCUUCUAAGUCCAAGAAAAAAACUGAAAAGAAGGGGGAGUGGAAGAAGGAAGGGCAAAAUGAAGGUGCUGACAAAGGAAAGGCUGUUGCGGACGUUGGAAAUUCAAAGAACAAGAAAAAUUCAGCGAGUGACAAAGGUUGCUGGACUUGUGGAGGGUCUCACUUGGCCAAGAAUUCUCCAAAUCGUGAAAGGGUGAAUGCUAUGCUUGCGGGGAAAGUAAAUGCAAACGAGGAAGGUGUUGUAGUUGUUUCUUUGACAAACCCACUUGGUUUACUCUUGAACAAUCAAAUUUCAUUAGUGAACACGGUGGGGGAGUCAUCUACAAAUCCUCAUUCUUCGUUGCAGCACAUUGAGAUGAAGGUUGACGAUAAAGUGUUAGUGGCGAUGGUGGAUACUGGAGCUACUCACACUUUUAUUGAUGUCAAACUUGGUGCAAAGUUCGGACUUAAAUUGACAAAGAGCCUGAAUUAUAUGAAAACUGUGAACCAGGUGGCCCAACUGAUUGAAGAUAUGGCGUAUGACGUGAGGGUACUUGCGGGACCUUGGGCUGGAAAACACAGUUUGAUGGUGAUUCCGUUGGUAGAUUUCGAUAUGAUACUUGGAAUCGAUUUCUUGAGAAAAAACUGCUUCGUUCCAAUGCCCCACUUGGACGGAGUUAUGGUGAUGCAAGAAAAGAUGGUAGGGUUUAUAAAGGUUGUUCAUCCAUAUGGCGAGGCAGAAAAAUUGAGUAAGUACAAGAGCCACAUUAUUUCUUCUAUUUCGAUUGAGAAAGGCUUAAAGAAAGGUAAAGAAAGUUUCCUUGGUGCUUUGGUUGAGAUAAAACGUUAUGUAAAGGUAGAGGUUCCUGAUUGCGUAGCACAGGUUUUAGGGGAAUUUAAAGAUGUUAUGCCACCUCAACUCCCUAAAACGUUGCCACCAAGGAAGGAUAUUGAUCAUAAGAUUGAGUUGCUGCCGGAUGCGGGUCUGAUUCAGCCCUCAAAGGCUCUGUAUGGUGCACCUAUUUUAUUCCAAAGGAAACAGGAUGGGUCAAUGAAAAUGUGUGUGGACUAUUGGGCGCUGAACAAGGUGACUGUGAAGAACAAGUAUCUUAUUCCAUUGGUGCAGGAUCUCAUGGACAGAUUGUGCAAGGCAAGCUGGUUCAUUAAGCUAGACCUCAGGUCUGGAUAUUGGCAAUCGGCUUCUUUUCCUUGUAGAAGGCUUACUAAUCUCGACAAACAUGGCAAGGAAUCUUUCAUACUUGACCGCCAAUAUUUACCGUAA